AGUAGAGACCACACCCCAUCGUUUAGUCCCGCCUACACCCGGGACACAGACCUUUGUGAUUGGACGUCGGCUUCUGCUUUGAAGUCCCUCCUCUCAUGUCCACAGUAUGUGGACGAAGUGAGAGACUGAAUGCAAACAGACACACGGAGCGGGCGACACUGACGCACACCAGCACAUACUGCUCGGUUGCAGGGAUAUUUCUUCACUCGAGUCUUAUUUUGCAUCAGCAUUGACUAUUCUGGGUUGAUUCGACUUAACAGCUGUUUUGUUUUUUAAAGGAUUACAUAGCUUGAUAUUGAAAAGUCAAAAAAGGAUGACGUUUAUUCUUUUUUAGGGACAGUUUGGCUCGGACGCGUAAAACGCGCUUUGCGCACAAGCCCGUUUGGAUUAACCGCACUCGUCUUGCCAUAUGCUUGAAUUUUUGACAUGAUGACGUCUAGUAAUCUAUAAAUUCAUCCCUACAUCCGCAUCUCACAUGUUUCCGACACACAUUGCAAGCCGAUCCUGAUGAGAGAUCCCCCCAGUGGAGUUGAACCGCUUUUACGCAGCGAAACCCCGGAGCGCAGCGCACACACCGCCGAGGUCAGCGGCACCUCACAGCGGACAGGAGCGGAGAGGCACUCUGUUCUCACACCUACGUUCUGUCCUUCGCCCUCGGAUCCUUUGCGUCAAGCUAAAAGGCUUCCAAUCCGGAUAGUAAAGAUGUUGACGGCGCACAGCGGCCACUUACUGCACCCGGAGUAUCUCCAACCCCUCACCUCCGCUCCAGUCAGCAUUGAACUGGAUGCCAAGAAGAGUCCUUUGGCUCUCCUGGCCCAGACCUGCUCUCAGAUUGGCAAACCAGACCCUCCCUCAUCUUCCAAAUUGGCCUCCCUCUCCUCCAGUGGCUUGGGAGACAAGGAGUCUUCCAUCCGCUCAUCCAAGAAUGGAGAGCAGCACCAGUCCCUGGAGGACAAAUCAAGUUUCAAGCCUUACUCCAAGUCAUCAGGAGACUGUCGCAAGGAUGUUCUGGUGACAAAAGGGCCUUCAGACAAAGCAACUUUCAGGGUGCCAAAUGGAAGCUCCAAUGGUAGCAAUGGUUCUGUGUGUCCAUCUUUCCCUUCCCAUUCCCAGUCACCAACUUCCAGCUCUCCUCCUCUGCACACUCAGAGCCAAACUCAAAGACAAAGCCAUUCCCCCUCCACACAACCCCUGCCACACUCCCAGGCUUCACACAUAGACAACAAACAAUCAAACUCAGAACAGGCCAGCACAGACAACAGCAACAGUGCUGGGAAAAAAGACUCUGAUUCUGCCAAAUCAGGUAUGGAUGGGGCUCAAUUAGCCAAUUCCAGCCACAUCCGGGCCAGCGCCAACUCUAGCAAUGCCAGCUCUGCCAGCAGCCCAAGGCCUGAGAGUAAGACUGCAGACCCACAGGCCUCUACACAGGCAACAUUGGCACCUGGGCACAUCGCCCCGGUGUCUCCCUUCAAACCUGGACAUUCUGUCUUCCCUCUGCCUCAUGGCUCCAUGGGCUACCACGGCUCCAUUGUCGGGGCCUACGCUGGGUACCCGUCUCAGUUUGUGCAUGGUUUGGAUCCUACAAAGUCCACUUUGGGAAUGGGACUUACGGCCAAGCACCCCAGCUCCAGCCCAUUGACUGGAGCCUCGCCUCCAUCACUGAUGCAGGGCUUAUGCCGGGACCCCUACUGCCUGACUUACCCCAAUGCAUCCCACCUAGGAGGAAGUAACUGUUCCACAUGUGUUCAUGACCCGUCCAGUCUUAAGUCUGGUUUCCCCCUGGUAUAUCCCUCUCAUCACCUCCACUCCUUACACUCUAGUCCCCUCUCCUCCACCACCACACCAUCCCUUUCCCACCCUAUUUACACUUAUGGUUUCAUGCUCCCCAAUGAACCGCUGCCACAUGCCUGUAACUGGGUGUCUGUUGGGGGACCCUGUGACAAGCGAUUUGCCACAUCAGAGGAGCUUCUAGCCCACUUGCGUACCCACACAGCCCUACCAGGGAUGGUGGACAGUAAGCUGCUGUCAGCCUACCCUUCAUCUGUUUCAUCUUCAGCAUCCUGUCACCUUCACCUGCCUCCACACAGCAGCCCAGGUACUCUACCCAGUUCUUUCUCCCUCAGAGGCUCCCCAGGUCUAAGCCUAGCACGGUACCAUCCCUACAGCAAAUCCCACCUGCCUGGUGCGCCAGGUCUGCCCAUGCCCUCCCUUACAUCCUCUUCCGCCUAUUACUCCCCAUAUGCCCUCUACAGUCAGAGACUGGGCGCAGCCUCUGCACUUGGAUACCAGUGAUGUUCGUAGGGGCGUUGACGCCUACGGAUUUCAGGCACCAGCUUAGACUCUUCAGAGCGAGUGUACAAACUGGGGUCCGGGUCUUCGUAGGGCAUCACUGCUGCCAGGACAAGCACCUGUUAGCUUCGGGAUUGAGAAUGACUCUCUAAAGGCAACAGAGCAGCUGACGGAUUGUCUGCAGCACAGAACUUACAGAACAAACUCCAGUAUUUGGUGUGAAGCAGAGCUUGAACAUUGGGGAAAUUGUGUUGUCUUUUUUAAAUAACUUUUGGUUGCUUUUUGCUAUUCUUUUUCUAAAUUUGUCAGAAUUGAAAGUCUAUACUGUAUUUAUUUUCACUCAAGCGCUUGGUUUUCAUCUAUGGGGGAGGUAAAAAAAAUAUGCUGUCCAAAUGAGUAUAUAUGUGAAAAGAUAAUGAUGAAAGUAUAGUUUCUUCAAUGCCUAUUAAACACUUUACAAAUAAAAACCCUGCACAUAGAUGGAUUUUAUUCUGGGGAUUUUUGUUUUUUCUUACUCUCUGCUGUUGUUUUUCUCCUCUGGAUACUCAACUGUACAUUCAAACUCUGCAUGUCUGUAAGAAAUCCUUAAAAAUGUCAUUAUUUUUAUUUGUAAAUAAGCAAAGAUGUCAUAUUUUUUCAGUCUUUGUCAGCAAUUUGGGCUCAAUGAUGCGGGUGUUACAAAGAUAAAAUUAAAAAUGGUCUUAAAUAAAAAAAGGUAAAUGAUGGCUGUGCUAUCCAAACAACAGGGAGGGUCCUAUUUUGUUUAAUAAAUAAUACAUGAUUCUGA